AUGGUGUAUCGCGGCCGGCCUUCUACUGGAUGCAAAAAAUGUCGUGAGCGUAGAAUUAAAUGUGAUGAACGCCCCGGUGGCUGCGUCAAAUGCUCCGAUCGCCAUCUCCAAUGCCCAGGAUACGAUCGCAACAUUGACAACUUCUUCCACGAUGAAACAGCAAAUGUUCAAGCAAAGGCAAAAAAGGCAAAGGCAAAAGCUAUCGCGACUCGUGAUGCUCAAGAUGAAAUCGAUGCACGUAACCUACGCGAAGCUUACCUACACAUAAUAUCCCAACAAUCGCCUACGCCGGCCGUAACAGCAUCACUCAUUGAUCAAGGAAUUUCCUUCUUCAUGUCCUACUAUGCGCUUGGCGUUGACCAGCCGCCUAUACAGUCCAUUGAGUACUCGAAACAUCUGUCGACGCAUGGUUUCCAUCCAUUGGUCUCCACAUCCAUGACAGCUCUGGGCAUCGCUGGAAUAGCAAACCUGUACAUGGAUUCUCGCCUAAAGCGUGAAGCUACUCGCUGGUAUUUGGAUGCCAUCAAGAUGACCAAUGCUGCCAUAUCGUCCCCUACAGAUGUCACGGCCGAUAGCACCCUCGCAUCUAUCAAUCUCUUGGGCAUGGUUGAAGCGACUUCCAAUGAAAAUAGCUUGCAAGGGUGGAGCAACCAUGUUGAAGGCGCAGCCUCUCUCAUCAAGUUGCGAGGCAUGGACCAGUUUUCAACCCCAGCUGGUCAGCGCAUGUACCUCCAUACUGUUGGGCUUUUUACCAUGAACUGCAUGGGAAAAAGCAUGCCUAUCCCCAAAUUUGUUCACGACCUCAACACCGAAAUCAUAAAGCAUUUGGACGCCAAAGACCCUAGAAACCGCUUCUUCUUUCUCCAUAUCAAAACCAGUGACCUUCGAGCACGCAUUUUGAACCAGCAAACCCGCUCGCUACCCGAGAUUAUAGAGUCAGCGCUUGAGCUCGAUAACAUCGCAGCCAAUAUCUUCAAAGACUCAGGCCCAGAAUGGGACUACGACAUUGUCCUAUGCGAGAAACGACCAGAAGUCUUCGACCACUUCUACCAUGUCUACUUCACAGCAAUAGCCGCUCAGACCUGGAACUGGGUGCGCUACAACAGAAUAUAUUUUCACGACAUUAUCCGAAAUUGCAUCCUGGCAGGCUUCGCGUCUACACCACCAGCCCUUGUCGGAACAAAGUACCACGAACAACUGGAAACGAGCGUCCGUACCUUGUAUAGUUUACAAUCGGAUAUCUUAGCUGGCAUUCCACAAUUCCUACACGAUGUACCUGGCGAAGUACCAAGCGAUGCGUCAGAUUGCACUAGUAGCAACCAUUCAACUCCAGUGUCUGUCGGGGAUGAACUCAGCGCGUCGCCAGCAACCGCCGCUUCUCCCAAAACACCACCAAACACACCUGCAGAGGUCCAGACUGCUCUAAAGACUCUUGAUCAAAACUUCAAAGGCAUGCCAUCAGGCGUUGUCAAAGCCCUCAUCGGCACCGGCUCAAUCAAAGACAAACUCCCCAUUGUCCGUGUAGCAGGCGGCUAUUCAACCGUCUGGGCCCUCUUCGUGGCUGGCGCCAUGCCCAUCGCAUCCCCCGAGAGCCAAGACUUUGUAGCAAAUUGCAUGGUGCGCGUGCAAAAGGAAUUCGGCAUCAAUCAAGCACAGGUUCUGGGUAAAGCAUUGAAGUAUAAGAGAUACCUGGCUGCAAAGGGCGCCAUUCCGUUUAGCAUUUGUCCGCAGUAUUUGCCCCCGGAUUCGACGCCGUUUGUGCGGCCUAAGCAGAGUGUAUGA